AUGAGGAAGUCUUUGCGCAAUGCAGGAAGCCUGUGGCGCAUUUCUCCUUCCGAUCUGCAACAGAAAGACAGGGCUGCCUUAAGGCACUGUUCAGCUCCGGUGAAGAGCUUUGACAUAUUUCUAUCACACACGUGGCGCACACGUGGUUUCUGGAAAUACUUGUCUCUCUCCUUUCACUACGGCUGGAUGCACUGCAUGAUUGGAUGGCUGGUCACGACUAUGACAGUCGAGCUUCUCUUCCUCCUUGACAUUCUACCAUCGUUCUGGCAGUCUGAGGUCCAUUUCCAGGACAUCACGAUUAGAUACCCUUUCGGGGGUUGGGCCGUGAGUCUUGCAAACCUCGUUUCGCUUACAGCCUUCUUCUUGGCACCCUACUUGCCCGACUUUCGCAGAGCGCAGACUUGUUUUUUGGACGUUGCCUGUAUAGAUCAGGUGGACCCGGAGAUUAUGGAGCAAGGCGUCUACGGGUUGGGUGCUUUUCUGAAAGCCUCAGCAGAGCUGCGAAUACUCUGGUCGGAACCAUAUCUGUCACGGUUGUGGUGUGUGUUCGAGGUGGCCGCCUAUCGAACUGCAAACCCAACGGGCAAGAUCACUCUUGCACCGCUUUUUGUGGAGGCCACGGUGGCUGCCCUGUGGAUGGGCAGCUGGGCUGUUCCACUAUUGUACAUGCUGGCGGUGAGAGUGGGCAUGACCAUUGACUACGCCAUGCUCCUGGCUUUUGUGCCUCUCUUUCUGGGCGUCCACUUCCUUCGGGCCAGCUUCCGGGCCAAGCGCAGGCUUCUGGAGGAUCUGGACAGUUUCACCCUCGAGUCGGUUCAGUGCCAGCAAGACUUCGACAAGAAAUUCAUUCACUCUGCGAUUUCUCAGUGGUACGGCAGUCCAGAAGCUUUUGCAGACUAUGUGCGGGGUCCACUGCGGCAAGAGCUUCUUUCAUCGACCGAAGCUGGGUUACCGGCUGCCUACUCCUUCCUGAUCGUCACUCCUAUUUUGAGUCUGGGUGUGGAUACGAUGGCUGGGCUGAUCAAAGCGCAGCCGCCGUGGCAGCCCCUGCUGUCCCAGUUCUUCGGGUACCUGCUUGGCAUAAUGCUCUGCUGGGGCAUGGUGCUGGUUCAGGCGGGCAUUUUCUUGUGCGACCGCUUUGCUGGCCGUUCACGAUCAUGGUUGAUGGACUGCGGCCAAUCACUGCUAGUUUUUCUUGGCUUCGUCCUUACUGCUUUUGCUGGUGUUCAAGGGGCAGUGUAUGCCACCAACGGCAGCCUCGGGGCUUCUCUGGUGUGGUUUGCGUCGGUGCUCGUGCUGCUUUGGCUUACUCACGGUGGCUGGGCGCAAGUUGCGAAGCUGAAGCCAAAGGCCAGCUUCGACAUCAAGGAUCGACCUGACAAGACGGGUGCUGCAACGGUUGACGCCGUGUGA